CUCCUCUAUUGCGAUCACACUCUUCUUGCAACCUUGUGAUCGAAUGAAUGCCAUAAAUAACAUAUGUCAUCCCAUCCAUAUCCUCGGGCGCCUUCAGUGUUUCCAUAGAGAUGCAUGCAUCUCCACAGACAUGAACGACGUUCAUGCCACGUGAUCACGUUCACCACCCUUGCCCGAGCUCCUUGAUCUUGAUCAACAACUACUACUUGCAUCGGAUUCUCCCGUUAACUUACAGACAGUAACUUUGCAAUGAACACCAUAAGGCCAUCCAUUCCUCGUUUCUCCGCCUUGCUUCGCAAGAAACCGUUUUCCGUGCCUUCUCCCGGGCCACCAUUACCACCCGGCAUACUCGUUGAUGAGGAGAUCUCGCCAGUAUACGAUUCUAAGUAUUUCUACCCAGCGAAGCCUGGAGAGGUGCUCGCCGAUCGUUAUCAAGCCCUAGUCAAGGUUGGCUGGGGCGUGUCUUCGACAGUAUGGCUUGCGCGUGAUUUGCAAGGACAUAUUGACGUGCCAGAGGGCAUCGUGGCAUUAAAAAUCGCUAAUAACAAUGCGAGUUCUGCUGGUCAUGAGUGCGAGGUUGAAGAGCAUAUUUCUACGGCAGACCCGUCACAUUGCGGUCGCUCACUUAUCCGAACAUUAUUAGACUCUUUUGAAGUUAACAGCAUAGAAGGUUCUUAUUCGUGUCUUGUGUAUCCGCCUAUGAGGGAGCCAUUAUCGAUGUAUCAGCGGCGCUUCGAUGGCGGAAAGAUGCCACUGCCGCUCAUUAAAACAUACAUUCGUGCUCUUCUUACAGGGCUUGAUUAUCUGCAUAGAGAAUGCAGGACAGUUCAUACGGAUCUAAAGCUUGAGAACAUCAUGGUCUCAUUCGAGGAUCCAACCGUCCUUGCUCAUUUCAUAGAUUCUCAGCUUAAAAACCCGAUGGCUUUCAAGAUUGAUUCGGCCGGACGACCAGUUUAUCAGUCCCGCAGUGACUUCGGGCCACUUAAAAGCUUAAGAAGUAUACCACAGCUGGUCGACUUCGGCCUAGCAACUACACUCGAGGAAGACGACGACUGGGGCAUUUGGCCUAUUCAGCCAGACCACUAUCGGGCCCCAGAGGUGAUACUAGGUAAUGGAUGGCAAAUGCCUGCAGAUAUUUGGAAUCUUGGUGUUCUAUUGUGGGAUAUGAUCGAAGGCAAGGAGCUAUUCCAGCAUAUUCAUGAUCAAGAAGGUCGCUACGAUGCUAAAUUACACAUCGCCGAAAUGAUAGCCUUACUCGGUCCACCCCCACCAGAGAUCAUACAAAGGUAUCAAUAUAUGCGAGAGUACUCGUGGCCGAACCCUAUCAGACGAGAUGACGGCAGAGUAUGUGAGACCGCGGAAGAGUACUUCUAUGGGCCAUUUUUUGACGAAAAAGGUCGCUUCCUCCACGAAGACCUGAUCCCCAAGCGCAAACUAGAUGACACAGCUUCAUUUCUUGGGAGAGAGGAAAAGGAAGCGUUUUUGGAUCUGGCCAAGGGAAUGCUUGCCUGGCACCCAGAUGCGAGAAAAACGGCGGGCGAAUUGGCAGGGCAUUCUUUUCUCCAACCGAAGCCUAAUUUAUGUUAGAGUUUGCUAGCGGAAUGACUCGAAUAUGUGCUUGAUCCCAGUUUGGUGAUAUAUGUGAAAACAUGUGAAUGGAGAAAUGAGACGGCUAUUUUUAGAAGGAGG